AUGCACCCGCGGCGCCCCGAGGGCUUCGACGGCCUGGGCUACCGCGGGGGCGGCCGGGAGGAGCCGGGCCCCGGCGCCAGGCCCUUCGGCAGCGCCUCGGAGCUGGGCCACUGGGUGACCAGCCCGCCCGACAUCCCCGGCAGCCGUAACCUGCACUGGGGGGAGAAGACGCCGCCGUACGGGGCGGGGACCCCCCUGGGGAGCGCCGGCCUCAACGAGGAGCCCAGCCUCGGGGCGGCCGGCCCUGGCCCCGGCGCCGAGCAGUUGAACAGAUUUGCAGGCUUUGGUAUUGGCCUUGCAAGCCUAUUUACAGAAAAUGUGUUGGCACAUCCUUGCAUUGUUCUACGUCGUCAGUGUCAGGUUAACUAUCAUGCUCGGAAUUAUCAUCUCACUCCAUUUACUAUUGUCAAUAUUAUGUACAGCAUCAAUAAGACACAGGGUCCAAGAGCUCUCUGGAAAGGAAUGGGCAGCACUUUCAUUGUUCAGGGCAUAACCCUGGGAACAGAAGGCAUCAUCAGUGAAUUUACACCUUUGCCAAGGGAGCUUUCACAUAAAUGGAACCUCAAGCAGAUAGGUGGACACCUUCUACUCAAAGGUUUAACACAUGUGGUAGCAAUGCCUUUUUAUUCUGCGAGCCUGAUUGAAACUGUACAGAGCGAAAUAAUUCGAGAUAAUCCUGGCAUCCUGGACUGUGUGAAAGAAGGAAUCGGCAGAGUUGUAGGCAUGGGAGUACCCCAUAGCAAGCGUCUCCUUCCUCUGAUGGUCUUGACUUUUCCAACUGCUCUACAUGGAGUUCUUCACUACGUCAUCAGUUCCAUCGUCCAGAAGCUUGUUUUGUUUGUUCUGAAAAGGGAUAAUUCCCACAACCUUCCAACUGAGAGCUCCACUUCUGUGCAGAGCAUGCUGGAUGCCUAUUUUCCAGAACUUAUUGCUAGCUUUGCUGCUAGCCUUUGUGCUGAUGUCAUGCUUUACCCACUGGAGACAGUAUUACACCGCCUUCAUAUUCAAGGGACACGCACAAUAAUUGACAAUACAGACCUUGGCUAUGAAGUGCUUCCAAUCAAUACUCAGUAUGAGGGAAUGAGAGACUGCAUAAAUACUAUAAAACGGGAAGAAGGAAUGCUAGGUUUUUAUAAAGGAUUUGGAGCUGUUGUAGUACAGUAUACCUUGCAUGUGGCAGUUUUACAGCUUACCAAAAUUAUUUACUCAACACUGCUUCAAAACGUUUCUUAAUCUGUUCAGAUGUGGAUUUAGCACAGUGGACAUGAUUGACUUACUAACCUAAUUAUUGUUUAAAAUGGCUUAGAAAAUGAAGUUUGAAGAAUCCAUUCUGUGGAUUCUCCUUACACUGUAGAAAAACUUGUUUUAAAAAUGGGGAUAUAGAUUCCUAAGUGUAAUUAAAAAAAGUACUGUUUAAAUUUAAAAUUAUAGACACAAAUUGACUAUAUAAUGUGCAGUCAUACAGAAGGGAAUCGGAUGUCAAAUGUGGUUGGAGUGAGAAUUUACCUUUCCUCUUACCAGUUAACUGACUUAAGGAAUGGAUAUGAAUUCUUAAUAUCUGCUUUAUAAACAUCACAUCUGAUAUUUAAUUUGGACUGCUAGCCAGUUCAAAGGAGUUUAUUUUCAUAAGUUGUAAGAACUUGCAAGUGGGAGACUGAUGGAUUUACUGGUCUUUCAAAAAUGUUUUCAGCUUCACUGUUAAUGGAGCUGUGAGCAAAGUAGAAACUGUAAGAGUGACUUAAGUAGACAUAAAUGUCAUAAUUUACAGGUACAUAGAAGACUUCUUACUUUGCUGCAGUGUGGCAGAAGAUAACGAAGAGGAAUCUUUUGCUUUGUACAAAAUAACAAAAACUUGGGUUUGGGCAGAGUUACACAGAAUGCGAAUUUGGCUGUCUUGCAGUUUGUUUGCAAGGCUUACAGUAACUAAAGUGUGUGAAUAAAGCAAAUUAGAAACUGAUGUGUGUGUGUGUGUGUAAAUGCCAUUUUUAGUCAACUUUCCACUCAACUUCAGGGUUUAGUUUUACUCUGCUACUUCGUAUAAGAGUAGAAUAAUCUUACAAAUGUAUGUAGUAUCAGUGUUCAAAGUGUAUAGAAAGCAUAAAAAGUUAAUUGGCUGUUUCUAGAGUUUCUCUUUUGUUAGAUCAGAGAGAUAUGUACACAAUUACCUAUUUACUAUUUAGCACUGAUGUUUUUCGUUUAAAGUCUCUGCUGGAUUAGAUAUUACGUGGAGCAGAAUUAAGUCUGUUUAUGUGUAAGCAAACUACUAAAAUGUACCAUUUUUGCCCUCUUCCCUUAGUAAAUCAAGACUGCCAGUCUGAAAAUGAGUUCUGAUCAUUCUAAAUAACUUAAUCCUUCUUGGUUUCAUCAGUAAAUAUCAUGAAAGUUUGGGGGGGGUGAUUUUUAGCAAAUAAAACAAGCAUGUGGAGAGUUGCUUUUAAAUUGUAUGAGAGGCUGCUGCCUUUUUCACGCUUUCAUGUGGCAAGUCUAUCUUUGUGAGCACUGUAAAUUUAUGUGCAUUUUAAUCAUUAAUCAUUGUAUAGUAGUUAUCACUUAUGGAAAGUAGUCAUGGCAAAAUAAUGAAAAGGUGUUGCUGUUCAUAAGUUCUGACUUUAAAUCAUUUGCAGGUCUACUUUGCUAUUAUUAAUCUAACUUUCAUGUAUUUUAAAUGCAUAAAUGUUGGAAAGUAUAGUGAACUUGGGAACUGGUUUUAUUUUGAAAUACUGUUAAUUGCAAAUUUAGUGUAUAGAAUGGAAGCAAUGAAAUAAAAUGAGACUUCAUUGUAAAUAUUUUGAAGUAAUUCACUGAAGAGGCAUGUAAAGGAAUCCCAAUUUGUGUGUUAUAUUUUAUUGUAUAGACUUCAGAGUGAAGUUCAUCAACUUUCCUAAGUGCAAGAACAUGUUGAAUUAAACUACUUGCAAGAACUUGAGUAAAAUACUCCAUUCCUGGUUUGUAUUUUUA